CAAUCCAGCCAUUCCAGAAACCGCGUGCAGCAGAUGCAGAUACGCAUCCGCAUUCUAUCGCACUGGCAGUUCAUGCUGGCGCAAGCCUUGGCCAAACAGAGCCCCAGGCAGGCAGGCAGGCAGGCUUGGGAGCCAGACAGCCGCGCAACGAGGUGCAAGAAAAACAGGGAUUCCAGCCGACACCAAGCACACAGCCACGAAAAGAAAGCCAGCAGCCCUACCCUCCCCCGUCCCUCCUCCUGCCGCUGUGCAUGCUGCAGACUCCAGAGCUGCUGCUCUCUUCUCUCUUUGCCCUUUAGCUUUCUCGACUUUUUGACUCAUCAGCAUGGCUAUCGACGCUACCAGGAACCCCGCCAUGUCGCUUGCACGCGAUCUCCGGCCAAACACGACCAAGAUAAUUACACCGUUGCCUGCUCCUCUCGAUAUUGUUGCAGCAGCUGUGUAAGAAAGCCUGCUUUUAUACCAUGAGCGACAUCCUUGCUUUCAAAGAGUUGUAGUGUACAUAGUCUGCUGGUGAACCAUUCUAUAUGCCAUAGCACGCUAGUUGAAAAUAUAUAUGUUGGAAAUAUUCAAC